AUGUCAAAACCUCCGGCCCUUUCUGAGCUCAGUGAGCAAAGCGUCCAAGCGGCAAGAGACCAGAACAAGGCACCUCAGCCUCUGCCAGGCAAUCCAGUGUUUGUCGAUCUAGGCCAAAACUACCCCGCCGGCUAUACCUGGAGCAAUGAUCCGAAGGAUAUGAGCCUCGACACUUAUUUCGACCCUGGCAAAGCCAACCUGGCAGAUGAAUUUGCCAUCGAUGGUUUGAGACCAAUCUUGAAAGAUACGAACAGCGAGAUGUAUCUCCUCACAGCGAACAAUGCCAAGUUCUACUUGUGGGCUGCGGACGACGGACGCUUGUUCGUGUUCAAGGAUGAUUUGAAACUGACUCUGGAUACGGCCAUCGAUGAGGUCCUCAGUGGAAUCAAAUGGAGUAACCUGUUGCAGCAGUUUAAUAAGAACUAUGAUUGA